GAGGUUUUAUACAUAAAUUAUUAUUUGACAUUCUAGUGAACUUAGGCACAAAUACAAACAACAAAAUUCAAAAACCUAACCUCUCUAGUUAGUAUUAAACCGUUUGAAUUUAAAGUUUUCAAACAACAACGGUAGUGUGCUCAUUUUACAAUAUAUUUAACCACUUUUACAUUAGUUACUUUUCGAUUAUGGCCGAAAAGGAUGAUUUCUGGGAAGUAAAUAAGUUGAUGCUCACUUAUGUGCAUUUGAGGAGUAAUUUGCCGAAAGCACUAGAGGAAAUAUUUGAUAGGAUUUCAAAGAAACAAAUAACAGCAUUGAGAAAGUUGGAUUUUACAAUAACACCAGAGGAAUUUGAAAAAAUAAACUUUGAUGAUGUUUUAGAAAGUCUUGCCAAAGAUGAAAAUACAGAAUUGUUGGACGAUGCAUUUCAAAAAUUAUUACUACUUUACUUUUUGUGCAAAAAGAAGAAUUGUCCUAUUUCGAAAAUUAUAGAUCCAAUAUAAUAACAACAGACCAUUAUACUCAAUUUUUUCAAGAAAAGAAAAUUCUCUCUUCUCUUUUCAGAUUAAGUUUAUGUAAAUAUACAGUUUUAUACUUUUUUUAAGUUAAAUAUACAAUAAUCCUUUUUUAAUAA